AUGACCAGAUCUUACCAGCCUGAAUUUUCAAGCCGGAACGCAGACCCAAGAAAACCAUCGGCGUUGACCUGGCAAAAGUGCACCGCAAAUGGAAGCUGUACGAAGCAGAUUGGCUCUGUUGUGAUUGAUUCCAACUGGCGCUGGCUUCACUCCCUCGACGGGAGCACCAACUGCUACACUGGUAACACAUGGGAUGAAACCCUAUGCACAGAUAACGCUCAAUGCGCUAAGAACUGCGCGUUGGAUGGAGCAGAAUACGGAAAUGCAUACGGCGUGUCCACCAGUGGCGAUGCCCUGACUCUCAAGUUUGUCACUGGAGCGAAUGUGGGAUCUCGUCUGUACCUGAUGGACAGCACCGAUGCAGCAUAUCAGACAUUCAACCUACUGGGUAACGAGUUUACCUUCGACGUGGACGUUUCCAAACUCCCCUGUGGUCUGAACGGGGCCUUGUAUUUUACAGCUAUGGACGCCGACGGAGGCGUCAAGAAAUACCCUGACAAUAAAGCCGGGGCCAAGUACGGAACUGGAUACUGUGAUUCUCAAUGUCCUCGGGGUCUAAAGUUCAUCAACGGCAUGGCCAACGUAGAAGGCUGGCAGCCCUCCAAGAGCGACAAAAACGCCGGAGUCGGCGGCCACGGUUCAUGCUGUGCGGAGAUGGAUAUCUGGGAGGCCAACAGCAUCUUCAGCGCGUUCACUCCUCACCCCUGUGACGAGACAGCGCAAACCAUGUGUGAUGGCGACAACUGCGGUGGAACCUACUCCGAUACUCGAUACGCAGGCACCUGCGAUCCAGAUGGCUGUGACUUCAAUGCCUACCGAAUGGGCAACGAGACCUUCUACGGUUCCGACGGUAUCAUCGAUACUUCUUCGAAAAUCACCGUCGUGACGCAGUUCACUACCGGGCGCUCUGGAUCACUGUCGGAGACCAAACGUUUCUACGUACAGAAUGGCAAGACGAUUGCCAAUGCUGUGUCCAACGUUGAGGGAGUAAGUGGUAACUCCAUCACUGAGGACUUCUGCAGUGCGCAGAAGAAGGCUUUCGGCGAUGAGACAAUAUUUCAGAAACAUGGUGGACUCAGCGCCAUGGGAGAUGCUAUGUCCUCUAUGGUUCUUAUUAUGAGUAUCUGGGAUGAUCACUAUGCUAGUAUGAUGUGGCCAGAUAGCACUUAUCCUGAAAAUGCGUCUGUCUCUGACCCCGGGGUUGCUCGAGGGACCUGCAAGCCGCACGUCGGUGAUCCAGCCACCGUGGAGAGACAGCAUGGUGAUGCUUCGGUCACUUCUCUAAUAUCAAGUUUGGUCCGAUUGGGUCGACCUUUGAUGCUUCUGCUUAACUGGACGUGUCCGUGGCAAUAUGGAAUGAAUCACUGGAUAGCAUUCGCGAGGGGUGCAAAAGGAAGACUCUGA